AUGCCGGCGAAAAAGGGGAAGAAGGGAAAGAAGAAGUCUUACCGGCCCGAGGUCGCUCGCUUUUUGCAGACGCACCAGUACAAAUGUAUGCGGAGUCUUCUAGACUUGCCUGGCGGGGUGCCCUCAGUGCACCAGCCUUCAGUGGAUGCCGAAACGGAGAACGCUACUGCCGCACUCCUGUCCGUUCUCGGACGCAUAGGAAUCUCCAUGAAGUACACGCCUGCGGGAUAUCCUCCUGAUGUAGUUCAUAAUGCGCGGACGAUUCUGACAUGCAACUCAAAGGUCUUUGUAGGCGGGCGAGGCCUCACGUUGAAUGACGACGAGGAACUUCAAGCGGCGGCUAAUCAGUUUUUGAUGGAUUUUGACUUCCACGUGAAUGCCAUCGUGGCUUGGAUCGAGGAAGGCCUCAGCUGCGACUUCUCAACCAUGGGGCUCGUCGCCUUUCAGGCUGAUUUAAGAGACAGGUUUCAAGAAUUCGACCGGGUCUGGGCCGCAUUCGAAGAACGCGUGUGCAAAGCAAUUGAAACAGUCAUGAAGGAUAUCUUCAAACCCAUUGAUCUCAUCGUGGAUCUUGAGGCAAAAUUGUCUAUUCUCGAAGAGGCUGAAGACUACGAGGUAAAACGCGAGACGGAGCGGCAGUUUGUUGCUGCGAUCACCGAGCUACUCGGAAGUUUGUAUAUCAAGGCAGAUGGCUUCAAGAUCCCAGAGGACGCUGUGGAACAAGCUGAAGCUUGCAUGUUUUACGAUUGCAAGCUGCCCGCAAGCAUUGUUGCGAAGGCAAAGAAGCUCAUCCGGCAAUUCUUGACGCUAAGACUCGCUAUCCGAGAGAUUCCAUUGGUGCGGCUACAGCCUGACCUAAAUAUGAAUGGCAAGCUAGUCCGGGCGGUUGAACACUUCUAUUGGAGCGCCCGGGAUUGUGUGGAAGGCUUCGAUAUGGCCAGGUGUCUUCCAGUUCUCCCGUCUACUAGGCCGGUUUGGCUCUUUCGAAUGGGCAUUUCUUCUUCAUUCUUCCAACAAACAGACAAACAGAAACAAGCCGAAAGUCGAACUGAAGAACAGGAACGCUUCUCUAAAAUCGAAGCCUGAAGAGAGAAUUCCCAGAGCUUCGCCGUGGUGGUGAUGAUCGGCAAUUUCCAGAAAAUGUGAACGAAUUCCUACCGGAUCACAUGGUGACUUUCAGGUUGCGAAAUGUUU